AUGGUCAACGAAGACGAGUUUUAUGUUCGCUAUUACACCGGUCAUAUGGGCCGUUACGGCCACGAAUUUCUUGAAUUUGAGUUCCGUGCCGAUGGAAGGUGUCGUUAUGCUAACAAUUCAAACUAUCGGAAUGAUAGUCUAAUAAGAAAAGAAAUGUAUGUUAGUCCUUUAAUGAUGAAAGAAUUGAAACGAGUCAUUCAGGAAAGUGAAGUCAUGAAAGAAGACGAUCAACGAUGGCCAAAAAAGAAUGUUGUUGGACGACAGGAACUUGAAAUUCGGUUGGGCAAUGAACACAUUUCAUUCGAGACAGCAAAAAUUGGGUCACUUGUUGACGUACAAGAGAGUGAUGACCCUGAGGGUUUACGUAAUUGUUACUAA